AUGUCAUCAGUUACUUCUCAAGGAAACUUAGAGUUUAAAGAAAUUCAAUCAAAAUUGGAAAAUGAUACAAGACAAAUUGAAGAAUGGUGGUCCCAAUCACGUUGGGCAAAUACGAAGAGAACUUAUUCAGCUAAGGAUAUUGCAGUUAGACGUGGUACAUUUCCAUUGACAAAUUAUCAAUCUUCUGAAAUGUCGAAAAAGCUGUAUGGUAUCCUGGCCAAUCAUCAUAAGAAUGCUACUGUAUCUAGAACUUUCGGAGCUUUAGAUCCAAUUCAAAUCACUCAAAUGAGUAAAUAUCUUGACACAAUUUAUGUCUCCGGAUGGCAAUGUUCAUCUACUGCAUCUACAUCAAAUGAGCCAGGUCCAGAUUUGGCUGACUAUCCAAUGGAUACUGUACCAAAUAAAGUUGACCAUUUAUUCAAAGCACAAUUGUUUCAUGAUAGAAAACAAUAUGAAGAGAGAUCACAAGUUAAAACACCAAAAGAUUUGGCUCAACUUAAUGGUCCCAUUGAUUAUUUAACUCCUAUUAUUGCAGAUGCAGAUGCGGGUCAUGGUGGUUUAACCGCUGUGUAUAAAUUGACAAAAUUAUUUAUUGAAAGAGGCGCCGCAGGAAUUCAUAUGGAAGAUCAAACGUCCACUAAUAAGAAAUGUGGUCAUAUGGCUGGUAGAUGUGUCAUCCCGGUACAAGAACAUAUUAAUAGACUGAUAACAAUUAGAAUGUGUGCUGACGUAAUGAAUUCUGAAUUAAUCAUUGUUGCUAGGACAGAUUCAGAAGCGGCCACUUUAAUAAGCUCUACAGUGGAUGUUAGAGAUCAUUAUUUUAUAAUUGGUGCAACAAACCCUGAAAUGAAAAAUAAACCUACUCUUGUAGAAACAUUACAUCAUGCAAUUUUAUCAGGGAUGAAGGGUAAACAGGUGGAAGAAAUUGAAAAGAAAUGGUGUGAAAAGGCAAAUUUGAAACUAUUCCAUGAAGCAUUUGAAGAUGAAGUUAAUUGUAAUCCAGAUAUCAAAAAUAAGAGAGAUAUAAUUAAAACAUUUAACUCGAAAGUUGGUCCAUACACAGGAACAUCACUUAGAUUGGCACAAAAAUUAGUUAAGGAAUUAAUAGGCUACGAACUUUAUUUUGACUGGGAUUCUCCACGUGCAAGAGAAGGCUUAUAUCGUUACAAAGGAGGUACACAAUGUGCUAUUAUGAGAGCAAGAGAAUUUGCACCAUACUCCGAUUUAGUUUGGAUGGAAUCAAACUACCCUGAUUAUGAACAGGCUGUAGAAUUUGCUAAGGGGGUCAAGGCAGUUUAUCCACAUCAAUGGUUAGCAUAUAACCUCUCACCAUCGUUCAAUUGGCAAACAGCCAUGUCCAUCAAUGAACAAGCAACCUUUAUUGACAGACUAGGCAAAUUGGGAUAUAUCUGGCAAUUUAUUACGUUGGCAGGAUUACAUACCACGGCAUUAGCGAUCAACAAUUUUGCUCAUGAUUUUGCACAUGAUGGUAUGAAAGCGUAUGCACAAAAAAUUCAACAAAAGGAAAUGGACGAGAAUGUCGAUGUACUAAAACAUCAAAAAUGGUCUGGUGCAGAGUAUAUUGAUGGUUUAUUGAAAUUAGCACAAGGUGGUAUAAGUGCCACAGCAGCAAUGGGUGAAGGCGUCACCGAGGAUCAAUUCAAGAGUAAACUAUAA